GCGAAGUAGGAUACAGCUGGGGUACAAUAGAGGCGCUGCCGCCACAAACGCGAACUGGAGGUCAACGCAAUCGUGCCACAGAGUGUGGGCCUCUCGGGAAGAUGGCAUCGUGUUUGUGAUCCUGAUGUUGAUUGAAAAGUACUGAUGGUGUUCAUACAUCGCCUGAUCAGAAGCAGAUGUUUCCCAGUAGCUGCUGCAUUCGGAAGACUGGAAUGAGACCAGUAAGAGGAAAGCCACUCCGGACCCGCGCCAUCUUGUUUCAGAAAGAACAGAUGAGAACGAGAGAACACAAAUCAAUUGUGUUGCCAGGACCACCGACGCCUGCGGUUCGAGAAUCUUCGAGUUCUGCAUCCAGAUAUCACGAGUUCCGCGCUGAAGAUGUUAGCAUGGGAUGGAAGGCGAAGAAUUUUGAUGGCGCUUCGAUAGAGGGAGAUAAGAUGUGAAACGAGCGGUCCAAAGAGGUAGUGUAAAGAAGACGAGUUCACAAUGAAGCUACAAGGCGCAGCUCAUGAGUACAAGACUGAGCAGGUGUCACUGAG